AUGGCCGAAUCCAAAAAGCGGAAGGCUGUGACCAAAGACGUCGAGGAGGACGCUGCAGUCGUCUCCGGGGACGAGUUUGAUUUCGGCCAGUUGGAUGGUACACUCUCCGACGACGAAUCUGCGAGUGCAAGCGAGAGCGAGGACUUGUACAGCGGAGCCGAAGAUGACAGCGACGCUGUGUCAAUUGGCAGUGACAGUCUACCCUCGGAAGAUUCAGAUGAAGAUAUCUUGAUUCCCAAAGAAGAGAAAGAGUCAAACAGCGUGGCCAUUGGGGCAAGCGAGAGUGCUGCUUCUGGCCAUCACCAAGAACCAGAAAACUCGGAAGAUGAAAAACCAAAUUAUAGAAUUGUCAAAGACGCAAACGGUAACGACAGAUAUGAAUACGACGAAAUCGACCCUGGAGAUGACUCCGACUACUCCGUCCCGGACAAUGCGGCGAACACAAUUGGCGAUAUCCCGUUGUCCUUCUACGAUUCCUACCCCCAUAUUGGAUAUAAUAUCAACGGGAAGAAGAUCAUGAGACCUGCAAGGGGAGAGGCUCUGGAUGCUCUUCUUGAUAGUAUCGACAUUCCCAAAGGGUGGACGGGCUUGACCGACCCGUCAACUGGCAAGCCUCUACAGCUCUCCCGGGAGGAGUUGGAGCUGUUGAAAAAGGUGCAGAUGAACGAAGUCGCGACAGAUGGCUACAACCCGUACGAGCCCACGGUGGAAUGGUUCACCAGCAAGACGGAGACUAUGCCACUUAGUUCAGCACCAGAACCCAAACGACGGUUUGUCCCAUCCAAGCACGAGGCAAAACGAGUCAUGAAGAUCGUUAAGGCUAUUCGGGAAGGACGCAUUCUGCCGUACAAGCCUCUCCAGGAAGAAGAAGAAGGCGAGCAGGACGAAGUCCCGAACUAUGACAUUUGGGCCGAUGAGCAGCCCAGACCAGACCAUGCCAUGCACAUGCCGGCACCUAAGCUUCCACCUCCAGGCUUCGAGGAAAGCUACCACCCGCCGGCCGAAUAUCUGCCUGACCAAAAGGAGAAAGAAGAGUGGGAAAAACAGGACGAGGAGGAUCGAGAAAAAGAAUAUCUUCCCACUGACUAUUCUUCGUUACGAAAAGUUCCGGGGUACGGACGAUUUGUCAAGGAGAAGUUCGAGCGAUGUCUGGACCUGUAUCUUGCUCCUCGAGUCCGCCGGUCUAAGCUCAACAUCGAUCCAGAAUCACUGUUACCGAAGCUUCCAAGUCCUGACGAGUUACGCCCGUUCCCUACCCACGAGGCUGGUCGCUUCCUUGGACAUCAAGGUCGUGUGAGAACCCUGGCCAUUGAUCCUUCCGGCCAAUAUCUGGCAAGUGGUGGUGACGACGGCACGGUGCGAGUCUGGACUUUAAUCCCCCAACGAGAAGUCUGGUCAGUCUCGUUGGGUGUCGAGUCUGCUGUCAACGCUGUUCGAUGGCGACCUGGGAAGGACACUCCCAUUCUAGCUGCGUGUGCAGGCGAUGACAUCUAUCUGUGCAUCCCACGUCUGGGAACGGACUCUAGUCCAGAAGCAGAUGCUGCCCAAGCAGUGCUUGACGCGGGAUGGGGUUACGCUGCAUCCGAAAGCAGUGGAUCCAAACCCCCUUCCAUCAAGUGGAGUCGACCGUCGUCAAGUUUGCGGGAACAGGGCGUUGCCAUUGUUAUUCACCUUGGACAUACCGCCAAAACCUUGUCCUUCCAUUCAAGCGGAAACCAUUUCGUCACCAUCUGCCCGGCCACGACGGUUCCGGCGUCGCAAGCGAUCGCCAUACACACGAUCUCCAAGCAUCAGACCCAGCUGCCCUUCCGAAAGCGACUCAAGGGCGGAGGCAGCCCUCAGGCUGCACACUUCCACCCUAGCAGCCCUAUCCUGUUCGUGGCCAAUCAGCGGGUCAUUCGAGCAUACGACCUGUCCAAACAGUCUUUGCUCAAAAUCAUCCAGCCUGGUGCCCGAUGGAUCAGCAGCUUUGAUGUUCAUCCGACCAGCGCAUCGACGGCAGGCUCCGACAAUUUGAUUGUCGGAUCCUACGAUCGCAGGUUGUUGUGGAUGGACCUAGAUCUGUCACCACGCCCGUACAAGACGUUGCGUUUCCACGAGAAAGCGAUCCGAGCUGUGCGGUUCCAUCCUGCCACAAAUCGAUACCCGCUGUUCGCUGACGGCAGUGACGACGGCAGUAUCCAGGUGUUCCACGGGCAAGUGACGAGUGACAUGAUGAGUAAUGCGCAGAUUGUGCCACUGAAGGUUCUACGGGGACACAAGGUCACAGGAGGAUUGGGUGUGAUGGAUCUCGACUGGCACCCUCAACAUCCAUGGCUCGUGAGUGCCGGUGGGGAUGGAACGUGUAGACUCUGGGUAUCAUGA